AUGCAGCAGCAGCAGCAGCACCACGCGGGUGGUGGUGGUGGUGGUGGUAAGAGGCCGCCACCGGCAGCUCGCGGCGAAGCUGAACGUAAGGCCGACGAGGCCGUGGUGGGCCUCCUCCGCCGCCUGCAGCGUUCCCACAAAGAGGGGCAGCAGCAGCAGCAGCAGGAGCAGCAGGAGGGUCAAGAGCUGGAGCUCAACGGUCUGGGGCUGCAGCGACUGCCCGGCAGCCUGCUCCGGCACCUGGAGCUCGAGACGGGACACCACAACGGCGCCAGCGGCCUCUCUCUAGGCCACCGCCUACGCCGGCUCUCUCUUCGGAGCAACCUCUUGAGCUCGCUCCCUCGAGAACUGAUCUACCUCCGCAACUUGGAGGUCCUCAAUCUCGAUGGCAACAGGCUCGAGUCGUUGUGCGCGGAGGUGCUCCGCGUGCCCACCGCCAAGCGCUACCCCAUCCCUCGAGAUGUGAGCGCGGGCGGCGGCGAGGCCGUGUUGAGUUACCUGCGGGCCUACGAGCGGGUGGCGCGAGAACAAAAGCUGCCGCUACGCUUCGACCACGAAGCCCACUACCAGCGAUCCACCAUCCCAAAGAUGCACUGUCGGCUAUGCGGACGCAGCGUGUGUGGGCGGUGCACGGACACGGGAGAGGCGCCGCCGAUUCCGUUCCUGGACCGCGAGUGGGAGCGCGUGCAGCAGCAGCAGCAGCAGCAGCAGCAGCACGAUCACCCGGAGGCGGUGCGUCGUACGGUGUGCCACGAGUGCGCGGACGCCCUCCACGCGUCGCCCCUCAAGAAGUCGUUCGAGGUGGCCCCCGUCCUCUCGCGCGUGCGCACCUUCGACGAAGUGUUCGACGCCCUCAGCAAGGGUCCGACCAAGGAAGGGGCCGCCCCCUACAACGGAUCUGGCAGCCGCCGCAUCUCCCUCAGCAUGGACCGCGGAGAGAAUGGCGGAUCGUCGUCGUCGCGACCGCCCCGAAGUGGGCCACUGGGCAACGGGGCGCCGCCUCUCGCCAGGGAAGGGCGGCAGCAGCAGCAGCAGCAGGGGCGGGAAGAGGCGGCGGCCCUUGCCGCACGCCUGCGAGAGGUCGAGGGCCAGCUGAGCGCGCGCGAUGACGACGUAAAAGCGGCCCGCCGCAAGUUGGCCGAGGCCCGCGAGCAGCGCCACCGCGAGAGCGAUCAAGUACGGGAGCUCACGCAAGCACUGGAGGAGGCCCAGGAGCGCGCGGCUCGCGCCGAUCGCGAGGCCCAGCGGCGGGAGGCGGAGAAGGAACGCGAGGCCGCCGUGGCGGAGCUCCGCCAAAAGGCGCACGAGUGGCGGAUGCGCGAGGAGCACGCGCGGGAGGAGGCCCUGCGACGACAGGCCGAGCACGCGCGCAAGACGGAGGAGGCCCUCCUCGCGCAGGAGGCCGAGCGUAGGAAGCGCACCCAUUCCGACCACGCCACCGCCAUCGCCGCCCUCCAGGAUCGCAUCGACGAGCUGCAGGCGCGCCUCGCCGACGCUCAGGCCCAGCUGCUCAAGGCCAACAAUGAGGCGGCGGCGGCGAGCAAGGAUGUGGUGGCACCGGUAGGAGGAGCAGGAGGAGAGGGAGAGGGAGAGAGAGGAGCCGCCGCCGCCGCACCCAGCAGCACGCAGCCGGGGGCCUUGAGCAAGGCGGCGGCGGCGGAGGAGGAGCUGGCGCGGGUGGUGGCGGAACGCGCGAGACUUGAGGAGCGGCUCAAGGACGCGCGCGGGCGGGUCAUGGAGGUGAUCGAGGAGAGCGGAGCGGCCGUGGCUGAGGAGCGGCGGCGCGUGAAGGAGCUCGAGGACCUCAACUUCCAACAGCGCAAGAAGAUCGCCGACCUCGCCGCCCGCCUCGAGCUCUCCGCAGCCGGCUGCCCCCCAUCCACCGCGACCACUGCGACGUCCAACGUGGCGGCGGAGUCGGCGGCGUCGGCGGCGUCGGCCAAGCGCGAGGAGGGGCUGCUGGCCGAGAAGGAGCUGGUGCGGCUGCGGGAGCGCACCCGGGACCUGGAGCACGCGCUCGAGCGCAAGGGCCGGCGGGAGAGCCAGAUGAUCGUGCAGCUGCAGCACCUCGAGAUGCGCGAGCGCGAGCGCGAGGAGGCCGAGCGCCGCACGCGCGAGCACGAGGCCGUGUGCGCUGAGUGGACACGCAAGGAGGCCCUCGCCCGCCAGGAGCGGGAGCGCCUGCAGGCCGCCCUCGCCGACGAGGCCCGCCAGCGCCGCGAGGAGCGCGAGCGCGAGCGCGCCAAAACGCAGCGCAUGGUGCGCGACCUCGAAACCCUCGAGGCCCAGCUCGAGCAGCUCCGCGUCCGCCAGGCCGACCACCAGCGCCUCGAGGCACGCGCCCGUGACCUCGACGCCCUGCGCGCCACGCUCGAGGCGCGCGUGGCCGACCUCGAGGCGCGGCUGCGGGGCGAGGGGCGGGCGGAGAGCGAGGUCGUGACGGACCUGCGUGCUCGCCUCGACGCUGCCGACCAGCGCCACGCCGACGUGGCGGCCCAGCUGGCGCAGGCCACCUUGGGCCGCGACAGCCUGCAGACGCAGGUGCACGCCCUCCAGCGCCAGCUCGACCAUAGCACGGCCCAGGCCCGCGAGCAACUCGCCCACCUCCAGGCACGCCUUGCCGAGGUCCAGCAGCCCGCCGCCGCCGCUCCUUCUGCCCUCACCCUCACUGAGGGUGGCCCUCCGGCUGCGGCUGCGGCUGCGGCGACCGCAGGCGAGGCGCCCCCGCCGGCCCGAUCCGUCUCCGACAGGACCCUCGUGGGCAAGCCCUCCGCAUCGUUGGAAUCGAAGCGCUCGAUGUCGCUGGAGGAGACGGCGCGACGGAUCAAGCACCUCAAGCAGGAGCUCAAAAACGCCAAGAAGGCCAAGAAGGUGCUCAAGCGCUCCUCGUCGCGCGGCUCUUCGCGCGGCUCUUCCGACAGCCUCUCCUCCUCCACGGACGACGACGAGUCCGAGCUGGAGAGCGAUUUCAGCGAGACGGAGACCGAGACCGAGACCGAGACCGACGAGGCCAGCGACGCGGAAGACGGGGAAGGCGGCGCCGGCAACGCCCCGAGCAGCAGCAGUGGCGGCAAGUCCCGCAAGAAGCGGCUGGGCAAGUGGGGCCGGCUCUCUAUCUCCAACGUGCGUGAUCUCGCCUCCAGGGACUCCUCGUCCUCGUCCGCCAAGGAGGCGGCCGCCAGCAGCGGCGGAUCGUCGGCCCUCCCGCCGGCCACCGCGUCGUCGGCGACCACGGGCAAGGCCAUCACCCGCCACAAACGGUCCCUGUCCUUCCUGGCCGGCCGCAAAAAGUCCACCGACAGCGCCAGCGCCUCCUCUUCCGAUGACGACUCGGAGGCGAGCGAACUCGACACGGAGAGCGAGAACGAAGGCGAGGCCAAGGAAAAGAAGCAGAAGGCGUCCGAGUCCACAGGGAGGCCGCAGCGGGGCCACCGCCGCUCGCAUUCGCUGCUGGGCGGGAUGACCAAGUUCCUGCCGGGAGGCGACGACGGCAAGGCGGGCGAGAAGGACGACGGCCGAGAGAAGGAGAAGGAGAAGGCGCGCGAGGAGAAGGAGCGGAAGCGGAGGGAGAAGGAGCAGAAGCGGAAGGAGCGCGAGGAGCUCAUCCGGCAGCUCAAGAAGGAGGAACGCCAGGAGCGCAAGAAGGAGCGCGAGAAGAAGGGACGCACCUCCCGCAAGAAGCCCCUCAAGGGACGCGAAGUGUUCGGGGUGGGGAUCAAGGAGCUGUGCGAGAAGGACCCGACCCAUCCGAUCCCGCAGGUGGUCAAGCUCAUCGCCGAGUACCUCGAGUCCAGCGGCGCCAUGGAGGUGGAGGGCCUGUUCCGGGUGCCCGGCCAGAGCAUGAUCAUGAGCCGCCUCAAGGACGACUUCGACGCCGCCGGACUGGGCAACGAGGCCGCCGUGGCGGCCUCCUUCCUUGACUACGACUCUCACGACGUGGCCGGACUCCUCAAGCUCUUCCUCAAGAUGCUGCCCGAACCGGUGAUGACGUACGCCCUCUACGACGAUUUCGUGAGGCUCCAAGUGGAGUUCGAGAAGAAGGGCGGAGAUGACACGGCCAGCGUCAAGGCCGAACACCUGGCCAACUUUGUGGCCCUCCUCCGGAAGCUGCCGCCCGACAACCUGCGGUUCUUCCUGUUCCUCGCCAAGUUCCUCCACAAAGUGUCCCUCGUCUCGGAGAAGAACAAGAUGAGCGCCGGCAACCUGGCCAUCGUGUUCGCGCCCAAUGUGCUGUGCCCCGCCACGCCCGAUCUCAACUACCAGAUGCGCAUGCCCACCCUCUCGGCGCUGGUGGAGUUCGCGAUCGCGCAUGCCUAUGCGCUCGCCAUGCACCUCGACAACACCGCCAAGCCCAAGCCAGCCGCCCCGGUCAUCGCUUCGUGA